GUCCCGCGGGUGCCGAGGGCGCGGCGGCGGCGAGUGAUUCCCGGUGUGCGGCCGGGCUGAGGUCACGGGCACGUCCCAACGCCACCGAGCCCGCUGGCAGACGCGCCACGUCCCCGCCGGAGAAGGAGCGAGGCCGUUCCCUGCGCAUCCUCGCAGCAUCAUGACUCUUCAGGCUGACUUCGAUGGUGCUGCAGAAGAUGUAAAAAAAUUAAAAACAAGACCAACUGAUGAAGAACUGAAGGAACUAUAUGGAUUCUACAAACAGGCUACUGUUGGAGAUAUUAAUAUUGAAUGUCCAGGAAUGCUAGAUUUGAAAGGCAAAGCCAAAUGGGAGGCGUGGAACCUGAAAAAAGGUUUAUCAAAGGAGGAUGCCAUGAAUGCCUAUAUCUCUAAAGCAAGAGCAAUGGUAGAAAAAUAUGGGAUCUAGAAUAUUCAAAAUAAUUCCCACUAAUAAUUAACUCUUCGGUAGCUAAUGAACUAAUUCUGUUGAGAAAAAUGCAAUGCUAAUUCCUUAUUGUGUAGUCUGACACUAAUACCUUUUAAGCAUAAGCUGUUUGACCGUAAAGGAUAUUUACAUUUAUAAUCUAUUUUUAGCUUGUAUAUUAAUCUAAAUAAAUUUGAGGUGAAUAAAUUAAGCUUUCUGUGAGAA